CGAAACUAGUGGCUUUGCUCUUCUGCCGACGCGGAGCACGGGCGAGACGAGAAAAAUCACAUGGCCUUGCAUCACACAAGUCCUGCCAGUUCUGCACUGACCACCGGCCGUCACGGCCGGAGCGCUGCCGUCGUCCUCCGCCGGCCAAUGGCCGAUUGUCGCAGCCGUUUCAGGGUGCACGCACAAAAGCCUGCCAGAUCCCCUGGCGCGGGCGCCGAGACCGAGACGUCCUCCCGCUCGGAGAACGCCGUCCUCAAGGCCGCCUGGUACGGCUCCGAGCUCCUCGGCAUCGCCGCGUCCUUCUUCCGGCCCUCGCCGUCUCCGGAGGGGGGCGCUGACGGUGAUGUAGAGGGAGGCGCGGCGGGGUCCCUGGACCGCACGGGAGUGGUCGAGGCCAUCAAGGAGGACUUCGCGCGGUCGUACUUCGUCACAGGGAAUCUCACGCUGAAAGCUUACGAGGAGGACUGCGAGUUCGCCGAUCCAGCGGGUUCGUUCAGAGGCCUGCGGCGCUUCAAACGCAACUGCACGAACUUUGGGUCUCUGUUGGACAAGUCUAACAUGAAGCUCACCAAAUGGGAGGACCUGGAGGACAAAUCAAUUGGGCACUGGCGUUUCAGCUGCGUCAUGUCGUUCCCUUGGAGGCCUAUUCUGUCAGGUACUAAAUAAGAACUUGCGUGAUUGUCGAUGCAGCUCAGUGAUUCGGGAGCAUCCAAGCAAUGUUUGCAGCUCGCUGUACGAUGUUUCCCUGCUUGUGUGUGACGACUGACAGCUCCCGUGUCAUCCAGGCAUGUCGAAAACUGGAACGUUCCCAAGAUGGCGCUCCUACGGCAGAUCUUCAGGCCGAGCCGGUGGAUUUGGGAGAAGCGCUAAAGGCGUACAAGGACCGGGGGCAUCGGUGCAUCAGCAGUAGUAUGCUUAUGCCCCAAAUGUACUUGCGUGGAGUUGUAAAAUGCAUACAGUAGCUAGGAUCACAUGGGGUAUGUUUGAUUCUUCGGAACCCUGCUUCUUAGAUUUGUAUUAUAUAGUCUGGUUAAAUAAAGUUAUAUUUGUUAAAAAUAAGAUUAUUUGAUUA